GAGCAAAAAAGAAGUGCGCGUGCUCCGGGCGCCAGAAUGUAGCCAAGUAGCGACGUGAUGACGUCACACCCCAUGUUUGAGCCGCGGCUUGUGUUAGCUUGUGGCUAGCUAGUGGCUAAAACGGCACAAACGUGGGUAAUUUACCGCAGAGUUUAAAUAUUUAUUGAAAGAGGAGCUUGGAUGAUUCAGCAGCUAAUGUCUGGUAGCUAGCCGACGAACUAACUGUGCCGUGGAGACGUUUGAUCUAACCGGUCAACAUGGCGACGGACGUCAGCUCACCGCAGCGGUUUUUCCACAUGCCCCGCUUCCAGCAUCAAGCGCCGCGGCAGUUGUUCUACAAGCGACCAGACUUUGCUCAACAGCAAGCAAUGCAGCAGCUCACCUUCGAUGGAAAACGCAUGAGGAAGGCUGUCAAUCGCAAAACCAUCGACUACAACCCUUCGGUCAUCAGAUACCUGCAGAAUCGUCAGUGGCAACGAGAUCACCGUGACCUACGAGCCAUUCAGCCUGAUGCCGGAUGCUACAACGACUUGGUUCCUCCCAUCGGAAUGAUGAACAAUCCAAUGAAUGCUGUCACCACAAAGUUUGUGCGCACGUCCACCAACAAAGUCAAAUGUCCUGUCUUUGUCAUCCGGUGGACUCCUGAGGGGCGUCGUCUGGUCACAGGAGCAUCCAGCGGCGAGUUUACGCUAUGGAAUGGACUGACAUUCAACUUUGAGACCAUUUUACAGGCUCACGACAGUCCGGUGCGUGCCAUGACAUGGUCCCACAACGACAUGUGGAUGCUGACGGCGGACCAUGGCGGCUAUGUGAAGUACUGGCAGUCCAACAUGAACAACGUGAAGAUGUUCCAGGCUCACAAGGAGGCCGUUAGAGAAGCCAGCUUUUCGCCCACUGAUAGUAAAUUUGCCACCUGCUCAGAUGACGGCACUGUUCGGAUUUGGGACUUUCAGCGCUGCCAUGAGGAGCGCAUCCUUCGAGGUCAUGGUGCUGAUGUGAAGUGUGUGGACUGGCACCCCACUAAAGGUCUGGUGGUGUCUGGCAGCAAAGACAGUCAGCAGCCAAUCAAAUUCUGGGACCCAAAAACUGGACAGAGUCUGGCAACAUUACACGCCCACAAAAACACAGUGAUGGAGGUCAAGUGGAACACAAACGGAAACUGGCUGCUGACUGCCUCGCGUGACCACCUUUGUAAACUGUUUGACAUCAGGAACCUGAAGGAAGAACUCCAGGUGUUCCGGGGUCAUAAAAAGGAAGCAACAGCGGUGGCGUGGCAUCCCAUCCAUGAAGGCCUGUUUGCUAGCGGAGGUUCUGAUGGUUCUUUGCUCUUCUGGCAUACAGGAGUGGAGAAGGAGGUGGGAGGCAUGGAGAUGGCUCAUGAGGGCAUGAUCUGGAGUCUGGCCUGGCACCCGCUAGGUCACAUUUUGUGCUCUGGCUCCAAUGACCACACCAGUAAAUUUUGGACAAGGAAUCGUCCCGGUGACAAGAUGAGGGACCGUUAUAACCUCAACCUGCUACCUGGAAUGUCAGAAGAUGGCGUGGAAUACGAUGACAUGGACUCAAACAGCAUUGCUGCCAUCCCCGGAAUGGGCAUCCCUGAGCAGCUGAAGGCCGCCAUGGAGCAGGAGCAGAGUCAUAAGGAGGCAGGGCCAGAGGAGAUGUCCAUCCCAGGACUGGACUGGGGCAUGGACGAGGUUAUGGGAAAAGACAACAAGAAGGUCCCCCAAAAGAAAGUCCCCUACGCCAAACCCAUCCCAGCCCAGUUCCAACAGGCCUGGGCUGAGAAUAAAGUUCCCAUGAUGCCCCCUGCUGGAGACAGUCCCAAAGAGCGCAAAGUGGAGCAGAAAUUGGACAUGAAGAAGAAAACACAGGCGGAGAUUGAGCAGGAGAUAGCAUCUUUCCAGUACACCAACCCCUUACUGAUGGAGCAGCUGAAGAUGGACCGCAUGAUGGGUACCGAAGGGAACAACCAGAGCAAAGGCCAUGUGGGCCCCUUCCCUGGUCAACAGAACUUCCCUCGUCCCCAGCAGAUGUCCAAUAACAUGGGGACUCCCAUGGGCUCUGGAGGCAUGCAACCUUCUUUCAUGGCCCCUGGUCAGAUGGGGGCUCCCUCUGGGCCACCUCAGGGCAUGAUGGGACCUGUAGACAUGCAAAGACAUCCUGCACCCACCAGGAACUUGGGCCCUCAAGGACAUCACAGCAUGGGUCCUGGACCUAGAGGAAUGCAGGGUCCCCACGGGGGGUUGACAGGGCCACCCUCUAGAGGAAUGGGUCCCCGAGACCUACAGGGGGCUCCGCCUCAGGGGGGCAUUAUGGGGCCCCCAUCCAGGACACAUGGCAACAUGCCAAACAACUAUGGGAUGAGUAACAUGCAGGCUACCCCGGGUGGGAUGCAUGGGCCCCCGGCGAACAUGCAGGGCCCCCCGGGGAACAUGCAGGGCCCCCCGUACAUGCAGCAUCAGACUCAGACCUCGGCACCUGUGAUGCAUGGGAGGGGCCAACAGGGCCCCAACAACAAAGACCCUCGGGGGCCAUCACCAAACCACCUCAUGGGGCCUCCGGAACGCCAAGGCGCCGGGGGGCCCGACCAGGGACAUUACUGGGGGGACAAUCAGCAAGGCCGACACGGGACGCAGGACUUUGACGUGAACCAGAAGUUCCAUGGACGAGGAGAGGAGGGAUGGAGACACGGACCCGCCUACCAGGGAGGUGGGGGGCACAGCAGCGGGAGCGGUCACCGAGGAGGUAGCGGCGGUAACUGGGGCACCGAUGACAGGCCCCCCCGAGACUCAGGGGAGUUCAGAGGGCGACGAGAUGACAGAUUUAGAGGCGGUCCAGGUCGACCUGGAGGUCGAGGUUACCAGGAUGAGUACGGGAGCAAGGAGGAAGGCUUUGAUGGCUCUGAAGAUGUGAGAAGCUGGGACACCGGAGGCCGGGGAAGACCACGAGGCGGCGGACCCCCCAGAGGAGGGGGUCACGAUGGCUAUCGUGAUGGUCCCCAGUUGCAUGAUGGGACGUCCCCUGUGGGCCGUGAGCGCUCUUUGUCUCUCCAGGGGAUGGACAUGGCAUCUCUGCCGCCAAGAAAAAGACCAUGGCAGGACGGCCCGGGAACUGCAGACCCUCGAGAGCGAGAGUUGCCCGCCGCCGACACAGGACGACCUCCUCAGAGGGACGAAGGUGGUUAUGGUCCACCGGGGAGAGGAGGACGGGGUGGGUGGGGUCCAGCGCUAAGGAGAGGAGCCCCUCCACCAAGAGGUGUGAUGCGGGGUGGUGGUCGGGGCCGGUAGUCCCGGACUUUGCCCCCUUCCCCUUGAUGUGACUGUCAAAGUGCUGCUGUGAAUCAGCUGAGUGAAAGCAGGCCAUGUGACACUGGUCAUGUGACUGGUCAGUAUCUUCAGCCGUCAAAGUCUCCACUUUCCUUGUUGCUUUUUGUAAGAAAUGUUUUCAUGAUGUAAUAAACAUUCACACUUCAAAUGUCAACCAUCAAAACUGCUGGUUGUGACAUCAGCACCAAUCGAAGCUCACAGGGUCCGUGACGUCAUAUUGGCAUAGUUUUGCCGCUCACUGUCCUUUUAAUAGCGGACGCCGCCAUCCCUCCCAUGAAGCGGAUCCCGGCACUUCCUCCGGGAAGCAGCGACACAACGUAGCCGACGAUAGCGGUGACCUGCGCUGCGGCUCCGAGUGCGGUCAGCGCGGUGCUGUGAAGGCUCAACGCGGCAUACAGAGUCCCUCCGAGGGCGCACAGGUACACGGCAGCUCCGGGCGAGGUGGGCAGGCCGGCGACCAGCUUGCUGGGUCCACGGAGCACUGCAGCGGCCGCAAUGGCGAAAAGUGAACCGAGCGACCAUAGCAGUGCAAACUUGCGGGCGUAGAGCAGCAACAAGGGCGCGUACAAGAACGACAAACCGAAGCACAGCGCCGACAAUGCCGCUAACAUCCCGAAUAUCGCCAGCCGUUGGCGGCGAGAAAUGCCGGGCAGGCAGGGGUCCGGCUCAGCUGACCACGGCCAACUGAUACUGGAGCUCUGGGCCGCAGCAUUACUCCCACGGCUUCCGGACCACGGACUGGACCACUGGCCGAACCAACUUCCAGGGACUGGCUGCGCGUCGCCUAUCUCCACCGUGGUACUUGAGCGAGACUGAGAGAUUGUCUUGGCGGCACCACCGCCUUUGGACUGAGCUAAAUACUCCUGCAGCUGCCGGUUUAACUCCGCCAUGACGCUUUCAUGCAAACAAGGAACUUGCUACCAUGCUAACGUCUUCCGCUCUGCUUCUUCUUUGUGGAAAUUUGUACAGGUUUGACAUUCUCUCUGGCGGUCUCUAGCGGAUGUAGAACACAGUAUAUAUCCAAUCCGCUUUAUUUAUAAAGCACAAUUUAAAAAAACUUGUUUCACGAAGUGAUGCACAUUAGGUAAAAUACACUUUUAAAAGAAGGAUACAUCUAUAGCAGUCUUAGUGUAAGAAACCUUUAACUUAAAAAUAAAAUAAUUAAUUCUUAAAACCUCAUGCUAGUUUGUUUUUAACUUAUAAAUAAUAUACUACCAUUGACUCCGGACAAGAUUGACCAAUGAACCUCUUUGUAUCCAAUAUUUUCAUAUCCACGGCUUGAUAUGUAAAUUUAUUAUAUUCAAUAAUGUUAUGUGAUAUCUUUUUCGCAGAUAUAACUGCUAUUUCAGAAAUGUAUUCAUCUUUUUGCAUUAAAAUCUACAUUUGGUACUAUUUUG